AUGAGUUCCCUUCCACACGUAGUAGAAGACUGCAUGGGCUUCCUCAAACUCUAUAGCGACGGUUCCGUUCACCGUUCAAACAACUUCAAAUUCCAUGUUUCUCCUAUCCAAGACAACACCGUAAUCUUCAAAGACUGUAUCUUCAACAAAAAACUCAAUCUCUCUCUUCGUCUCUACAAACCCAACACCAAAAACAAGCUUCCUGUGAUUGUGUUCCUUCAUGGUGGAGGAUUCUGUUUCGGCUCACGCACAUGGCCUCACAUGCAUAACUGUUGUGUGCGUCUUGCCACCGGACUCCAAGCAUUGGUGGUUGCGCCGGACUAUCGCCUCGCACCGGAGCACCGUCUUCCAGCUGCGAUCGAUGACGCUGUUGAAGCGGUGAGGUGGAUUCAAAGGCAAGGGUUGAGCUUAAAAGAGGAGGGAAGUAAUUGUGGAGAGGCGUGGCUGAGAGAUGACGUUGACUUUGACCGUGUCUUUAUAGUCGGUGACUCUUCUGGCGGGAACAUUGCGCAUCAGCUUGCAGUUCGGUUUGGUUCAGACCCAACCGUUAUUGAACCGGUUCAGAUAAGAGGUUAUGUUCUGUUGGCGCCGUUUUUUGGCGGAGAGGUAAGAACCAAGUCUGAAGAAGGUCCUGCAGAACAAACGUUGAAUCUUGACUUACUUGAUAGAUUUUGGAGGCUAUCUAUGCCUAUUGGAGAGACUAGUAGAGAUAAUCCACUGGCUAAUCCAUUUGCACCUAAUAGUCCAAAUCUUGAGAAAAUAAAGCUUGAUCCUAUUUUGGUGAUAGUUGGUGGAAAUGAAUUGCUUAAAGAUAGGGCUGCAAACUAUUCAACGAGAUUGAAAGGAAUUGGAAAAGACAUUAAAUACAUUGAAUUUGAAGGGUGUGAACAUGGUUUUUUCACACAUGAUUCAUAUUCAGAAGUUGCAAAAAAAGUUAUACAUAUCCUUAAACGAUUCAUGCUCGAAUCAUCUACUUAG